CCCCACCCUCUCUCUAUCUCUUUAUUUUCUUUCUCUUUCUAUAUAGACAGACUGAGCAAGCCAAGCUAGGGUUGAGAAUGGGAAGAUCACCAUGCUUUGAAAAGGUAGGGUUGAAGAAAGGGCCAUGGACACCUGAAGAAGACCAGAAGCUGGUUGCUUACAUUCAGCAGUACGGCCAUGGAAGCUGGCGUUCUUUGCCUUCAAAAGCUGGACUGAAAAGAUGUGGGAAGAGUUGCCGAUUGAGAUGGACUAACUAUUUAAGACCUGAUAUUAAAAGAGGAAAAUUUAGUCUACAAGAAGAACAAACCAUCAUUCAGCUCCAUGCUCUUCUUGGCAAUAGAUGGUCAGCCAUUGCAGCACACCUGCCAAUGAGAACAGAUAAUGAGAUAAAGAAUUAUUGGAAUUCACAUUUGAAGAAGCGACUAAGUAAGAUGGGAAUUGAUCCAACCACGCACAAGCCAAAGAGCAAUCCCUUCGGCUUCAAGGAAGCCGCCAACCUCCGCCACAUGGCUCAAUGGGAGACCGCUCGGCUCGAAGCCGAAGCUCGCCCCGUUCGCCGCCACUCGACCAUGUUCGGUUCCUCUCUCCACAAGCCGCCGAGCAACCCUCCGCCGCCGCCCACAGUCCCGCCGACUCUCGACGUGCUAAAAGCUUGGCAAGCGGUGUGGACUGAGCCGCCGAUGACGGCGCGAAACCCUAGGGUUUCACUUUCACCCAUUAAUGUAGACGACGAAGACUACAUGUUUGUCUCCGCCGCCGCUCUUGAUCAAUUUCCGACAACCUUAAACUUUUCCGACCAAAACCUAGCAGCGUUCUCCGCCGUUGGAUUCGGCGAUGAUAUGCUGUUGUGUUACUUGGAAGGCAAUACUUGUAAUAUGAAUACCUUAGGAAACCCUAACACCACCGGCGACGACAUAAUGGGCCCGGCAAUGGAUCCCUUAUCGGAGUUUCCAACCUUCAUUCUACCGGAAAACCUUAGCGCCCAUUGCUCCACCGGAUACUUGGACAGCGUCGUCGGAAACUGCGGCGCGACGGAUAGCAUCUUUAAUCUUGUUGUGUCUCCGGUUGGGAUUAAUUAAUUAUCACUUAAAAGUUACCUUAAUAAGGAUGAUUAUUAUUUACUAAAACCAGGAUUAGUGUGUCUGCCAUGCCCUUUAAUAAUCAAUACCAAUAGCAGUUUGUUUAAUAAC